UCGCACGGGCCUUCUGUCCAAUAACACUUCUCCUGCCACUGGCUGGUCUGACGCGUGGAGGAUCCUUUGCUCUUCUGGUCUAAUUAAGCCUCCUGAAAGGAUUGCUCAUCGGGGACCCGGAGUGAUCAGCUUCAUGGGGCGGGAAGAACUGUCUUUGCAGCCCAGUUUUCCCAGUGGGUAUCAAGGUAACAAGUUUCUUGGUAUCUGGCUUCAAAAUUGCAAUAAGUAAAUAAUAGCAUUUUUGCUUGCAGCCAAGGUACUCCCCCCUCCCCCCCCGCCCCCCAAAGGGGGAGAGUGGAUUUCUUUAACAAGAAAGGAAAGAGCGGGAGAGCAAUAUUUGAACACAAAUACAGAAAGUUACAACCCUGGGAAGCCUUCUUGUUAACGUUACGGAAAUGAGCAGCUAGACUCCUCCGCAGAGGCCAAUCUGUUGUUCCAGUCAAUGAAACAGAGUUAGAGGUUCCUUCCUAAACGGGCCGGCUCACUUGGCCCCUCCCACGAGCCCGAGGGUCUGUUAUAUCUCUGUUCCUUGAGAGUACCUCUCUCACUGAGACAGACCACAGCAAGCAGAGGCUGGAAAAAAAAAAAUUAAAGAGCAGAGGAAGAACACAAAAGCUGCCAGUUAUGGAAGAUGUAAAGGAUUCUAGACUGAAGAAAUUUUGUGCCAAAAAUAAAGUUGUCAUCCUUGGCUUCGUCUGUGUCAUAGCUGUGAUUGCUUUGAUCGCUGUGGGGCUGACCCAGAACCAAUCAUUGCCACAAAAUGUUAAGUAUGGGAUUGUGCUGGAUGGAGGCUCUUCGCACACGACUUUGUACAUCUAUAUGUGGCCGGCAGAAAAGGAGAAUGACACAGGGGUGGUGACUCAGCUAGGAGAGUGCUUGGUACAAGGUCCUGGAAUCUCAAAAUUUGCUCAUAAAACACACGAGUUAAAAACUUAUCUGAAUGCCUGCAUGCAAAAAGCCAAGGAAAUAAUUCCAGUCGUCCAGUACACACAGACACCUGUUUACCUGGGAGCUACGGCAGGCAUGCGGUUGCUCAGACUUGAAAAUGAAAACCUGGCAGAUGAAGUCCUGGAGAAGUUGACAGAGGUUCUCAGAAGCUUCCCCUUUGACUUCCAGGGUGCCAGAAUCAUCUCUGGCAAAGAGGAAGGUGCCUAUGGUUGGAUUACUAUCAACUAUCUGCUGGGGAAAUUCACUAAGAAACUGAGAUGGCUCUACCCGCUGGGAAAUGAAACCAAUAAUGAGGAAACGUAUGGAGCUUUGGACCUUGGGGGAGCCUCUACACAAAUCACUUUUGUGCCCCAAAACCAGACAAUUGAGUCUCCAAAUAAUGCUCUGUACUUUCGUCUGUAUGGCAAGGACUACAAUGUGUACACACACAGCUUCUUGUGCUACGGGAAGGAUCAAGCGCUCUUGAAGAAACUAAUCAAGGACACCAUUCAGGUUUCAAAAGAAAACAUCAAUGACCCGUGUUUCAACCUUGGAUACAGCAGGAAAAUGAACACAAGUGACCUUAUCAACAACCCCUGCAACAAGGAAAAUAAACCGACUCUUCCAUUCACCCAGUUGCAAAUCCACGGCACUGGAAACUAUCAGGAAUGCCAGAAAAGUAUCCUUAGGCUCUUCGACACCAGUGACUGCCCUUAUUCCCACUGUGCCUUUGAUAAAGUUUUCUUGCCACAACCUGAAGGACAUUUUGGGGCAUUUUCAGCUUAUUACUAUGUGAUGAAUUUUUUAAAUCUCACAUCAGAUGCCUCCCUCACCCAGAAAAAGAUAACAGACACGAUGGAAAAGUUCUGCUCUGAGCCCUGGAAAGAUCUGAAGGAACGUUUUCAUAACGUGAAGGAGAAGUACCUGAGUGAAUACUGCUUUUCCGGAACAUACAUUAUCACUCUCCUUCAGGAGGGUUAUCACUUCACACCUGAUUACUGGAAGAAUGUUCAUUUCAUGGAAAAGAUCCGGCACACUGACGUGGGAUGGACUUUGGGCUACAUGCUGAACCUGACCAACAUGAUCCCAGCUGAGCAGCCGAUGUCCACACCUCUCCCCCAUUCCACUUAUGUCUCCCUCAUGGUCCUCUUCUCCAUAAUCCUGGUCGCAGCGAUUUUCAUAGGCUUGAUUGUGUUCCACAGGCCUUCAUGUUUCCAGAAAGACAGAGUAUAGCAGGAAUAGCUGAAAUCUGCUGGCUGGAGUGAGGAAAAAAAAAAAAAACUUGUCCAGGAAGCACUUUCCUCUGCAGUGGUGUCCAAGGUCACCCUUCCUUGCUCACCAAGGCCAGUUUUGACUUGUAUGAAGCUUUUCUGGCUUUGCUGAAGUCUUUCCUUGGAAAGUAUUCACCACCUUCUGCCUCAAGAACUUCCUGACGACGUCGUCUCUUUUGUGAGUCUCUCCCAAACCCUCUCCCUUUUCUUUUUUGUGCUCUGUGUUUGUGUAGGUCUUAAAAACCUGCCAUCUUUCAUGAUCAUUGCUUUAGAAAAGAAUAAUAUUGGUUUUAUUCAGAAGAAGAGAGUCCUGAAUCCUGUGUUGAGAACUUGUGCUGGCUAAAAGAAGAAUCUCGCUGUAAUCUUACAGAAUCAUUUUACUCUCGUUUUGCAUUUAUUAAGAAAGCCAUACAAAGCCUUUGGAGAGGGUAGACACACAUCCCAUUCCCAAUUUGCCCUUUGCAUGGGAGAAUUUUCUCAACUAGGCAAAUAUGUCAUAGUCCAAAGAGUCUUGUAAGGGAACUUAUGUGCUUGUGCAGUUAAUAUUCAAUCCAAUCCCAAACAGGGAUAUGGGUGAAUCAUAUAUUCCUGGAUGAUACAAAAAUGCUAUAGAAUGGAAUAUCCAGAUCAGAGAUUUUUAAAAAGCUGAUGUACAUAUAGACAUUCAGAUACCAGGACAUAUACUACACAGUGGAUGUAUACAUGUCAGGAAGAAAAAUAUAGUUACAAUCAAGGGUCGAGAAAUGCACACUUGGGUUCUGUUUUUACUGUAGUAAAAUACAUAUAAAAUUCACCAUUUUAACAGGUACAAUUCAGCAGCCCUGCAUUUAUAAGGUUGUACAAUCAUCUCCACUAUCUAAUUACAAAAUAUUUUUAUCACCAAAAAAAUUGACUGGAGACAAGACCAUUCCUGGGUAGGCUCAAAUCACCAACCUUUAAGUUAAUAGGCAAGUAUACUAGCCAACUGCACCACAAAGAUGCUACUGAGUUUCAAAGCCGUGCCAUAUCUUGUUGUCCCAGUGUGUACUUUAGUAAGAGACAUGCCUUUUUGCUGCCAUGGUAUUUACACAUCAAAAUGUGCCAAGAACUAGAGCUGAAAAUGUUGAUGCCACUUCUGUCAUACAAGUAAGAGUUGCAUUUACUUAUUCCAUGGUAUAUUUUGAGGGAGAAGCAGUAACUAUGGACCUUGUCAUGAAAAUAUGAAGAGACCCUGUGCCUCCUUUCUUUAGGGAUUGGUGAGAAUUACUUUUUCAGCAGGAUGGGGUGUUGAAGUGCUACUCUGAACUUUCCCCAGGAAUGACUAUUGAGCUGAUGUGGGGUGGGCUUGGCGGGGGGAGGGAGGAGGAAAAGCUCUCCACAAAUUAGAAGCCAAAUAUCUCUACAUCUCUUGAGUAACCAAGUCAUAUAUAUAUUUUUUUACAGUAUCCAGCUGAAUAUAAGUAUGUAUCUUGAUCAGGAAUAAGAAGUCAAAUCAGGGCAUGUUUAACUUCUUUCUAGUAGUAGUAACUAUAUUAUUAUAGCUAGUAUUUAUUGAGCAUUUGUUAUGUACUAUAUUCUCUGUCCAGGUGCAUUAUAUUAAUUUUAUCAUUUAAUCUCCACAAUAAUCUCAAGGUAGGUACUACCAUUCCACUUCAUAGAAGCAGCAAGUGAGGCUCGGAGAUGCUAAGUCACUUGCUCAAAUGAUUGAGGCAAAGCCUGGCAUGCACUACACCCUAUUUUCUCUCCCAUAUAUACUACUAAACAGUCUCAUAAUUUCAAAGCAUGUACUUAACUCUCUGAAUGAGUACAGGGCUUAUAGGCAUGGUAGAAAAGGAAGUAGACAGAACACCUGUUUCAUGAUGGAUUUGGGAUUUAAUAUUGCUUUAAGCCCACAAAAGCUAUCAUGGCAACACUGAUACUCUGUUCAUGUAGUUUUCACGUACUUUGCAUAGUAACAUAUGUGACAUAUGAUGCUUAUCAAUGAUUCCCAUACUCCUGGCUUCUUAAUUAUACUGCUUGCUCACUGCACAGCAGUUCAGAAUCAGAUAAAUAGUAAUUGAUGAUGAUAAUGAAAAUAAAAGGUCAUAAAAAUAGA